GAGCCGGGCCCGGGGCGCGCGUGCGGGGCGCGCCGCAGACAAAGGCGCGGCGGGGCCGGCGGGCGGCGGGGCGGCGGGGCCCGGACAAAGGCUGCCCGGGGGGCGGGGGGCAGCGAUGGCGGCGCGGGCGGACUACAAGUCCCAGCAGCUCCCGCUGCGGCCCUCGGCCGGCCCCUCUCGCUCCCCGGGAGCGCCUGGCGGGGCCGCUGGGCCGAGGGGGCCGCCGGCGGGGCUGGCGGGCGGGGGGCUUCCUGCAGGCCCGGGGGGCGCCGGCGGCCGGGCAGGGGCAAGGGGCGCCGGAUUGUGUCCGGGAAGGCGCGGGCGUCCCGCGGCGUGGCAGAAUGCGGCGCUCCGUCCUCGUGAGAAACCCCCGCCACGGAGGGCAGAAUCCCCCGCAAGCAGAUCUCGAUUCGGACUCCGACCUGGACCCCACGCGGGAAGCGCUGAGCCCGCUUCCCGAAGACCUGGAGGACGCCAGCUAUGACGAUCCGGACCCCCUCCCGGACCAUCUCCACCUGGACUCCCAAGCCCCCCCGAGCGCCCUCUCCAUCACCGCCGACGACGCAGACCCUCAAGAUUCCGACCCGGAUCCCGACGUCAUCGGCCCGGUGCCCCUGAUCCUUGACCCCGACAGCGAGGCCCUCAGCCCCGCCCCCGCCCCGGACCUGGACCCGCUGGCCUCCGACGUGGAGGCGGCCACCCCGGUCCUGGCCAGCGCCGGCCCCGCGGCGCUGCCCGCGCCCGCCAGCCCGCCGCGGCCCUUCUCCUGCCCGGAUUGCGGCCGCGCCUUCCGCCGCAGCUCGGGGCUGAGCCAGCACCGCCGCACGCACAGCGGGGAGAAGCCCUACCGCUGCCCCGACUGCGGCAAGUCCUUCAGCCACGGCGCCACGCUGGCGCAGCACCGCGGCAUCCACACGGGCGCGCGGCCCUACCAGUGCGCCGCGUGCGGCAAGGCCUUCGGCUGGCGCUCCACGCUGCUCAAGCACCGCAGCAGCCACAGCGGCGAGAAGCCGCACCACUGCCCCGUGUGCGGCAAAGCCUUCGGCCACGGCUCGCUGCUGGCACAGCACCUGCGCACGCACGGGGGCCCGCGGCCGCACAAGUGCCCGGUGUGCGCCAAGGGCUUCGGCCAGGGCUCGGCUCUGCUCAAGCACUUGCGCACGCACACGGGCGAGCGGCCCUACCCGUGCCCGCAGUGCGGCAAGGCCUUCGGCCAGAGCUCGGCGCUGCUGCAGCACCAGCGCACGCACACGGCCGAGCGGCCCUACCGCUGCCCGCACUGCGGCAAGGCCUUCGGCCAGAGCUCCAACCUGCAGCACCACCUCCGCAUCCACACGGGCGAGCGGCCCUACGCCUGCCCGCAUUGCUCCAAGGCCUUCGGCCAGAGCUCGGCGCUGCUGCAGCACCUGCACGUGCAUUCCGGGGAGCGCCCCUACCGCUGCCAGCUGUGCGGCAAAGCCUUCGGCCAGGCCUCCAGCCUCACCAAGCACAAGCGGGUGCAUGAGGGCGCGGCUGCGGCAGCGGCGGCGGCAGCGGCGGCGGCGGCAGCGGCGGCGGCGGCGCUGAGUCCGGCUUCGGUGUUGAGACCCGGGCAGGGCUCGCUCCUGGAGGAUCCCGAGGCUGCGUCCGUGCUCGCUCCGGGCCUGGGCCCCAGCACCGGCCUCGGGCCCGACCCGGGCUCCGGGCUGGGCUCGCCUCCCCAAGCCCGCCUCCCGUCCACCCCCGCCCCGGAGCCGGGCCCCGGGUCGUCUGACCCCAAACCCGGGCCGGACGCCACGUCUGAUCGCGGGGGCGCUGGCUGGAGCCCCGACUCGAGCCCGGUGCCCAGCCCCCAGCCCCAGCCCGACUCUGAGCCGGGGUCUCCCGCCCACCACCCAGUCAGCCCAGCAGCGGCCCCUAGCGGGGAGAGUCCUGAAUGGCAACAGGAGCCAGGGGCACUGCUGGGGCCGGAUGGCUGACGGUGUGUGUUGGGGGGACACAGGCCGUCACGGGAGCUGGGAAUUGUGUGUCGUGCAGUUAGUAAACUCCUCCCACUGCCUCUUU